UCUAGAAUCUAAAAUGGCGGAGCGGCCAGCAACUGAGAAGAUAGCAGAGCGCUGCCAGGCUCCAGAUGAACAGUCGCAGGGCUCUUUGAGGAGCGCAAAGAGGAGCCCGAGUAGAAGUCCCACCCUGGAGCCCCCACCGAAAUCCCCAUCUACGAUCCAUUCAGACACCUCGCUCCUCCUGCCACCAGGAGAGGGGCUGCCGGAUGGUUUGCUAGGAGAGGUGCGGGACCAGGGUCCGACACUCAGCCCUCGCACUAGGAGGAAGUCCUGGAGGAGGUCAGCCAGAGGGAGGCGCUCUCUGGUUCCCCUACCAGGCAGUGCCCACGCCCUGUGUAAGACCAUCAGUGUGACUCUGUCUGAGGAAGAGAGGCUGGAGCAGCUAAUUGAAGAAUCCCUAAAGCUGGCUGUGCAGAAACUGGGGGAUCUCCUGUACUCCACCCCUGGGGCUGACCUGGACCUCUUUCAGAAGCACAAGGAGUCUGUGGAACUGGAGUGGAAGUGUGUGGCCAAAGAGUUCAGGACAACUUUGCAGACCCGGUCAUUUCCGGAGAGGGAUCCUGAGGCAGAGAUGGCAAUGGAGCGCAUACGCAAGUCCAUUAGCAGCCUGCAGGCAGAGUGUGCAUGCUGGGAGGCCCUGCUAGAGAAACACCGUGCUAAAGCGGAGGAGCUGACACGGCAUGUGGAGCAGGGCCGCACCUUGGGCCUUACCUUGGACCCAGCCAGAGUUGGCCAGUCCUCCCAGUGCCAGUUCAUCCAGAGCAAGCCAGACUACAACAGUGUUCUGCACAGACAGCGGUCGGUGCUCCACAACAUGGAGCUGCUGAUGGACACUCACUGCAAGAUUGUAAGGGAGCUACUGUCCUUCCAGGAAGAGUGUCAGAUGGCUGUCGCAAAGAGAAGCCGCCAACUGGCUUCUGCUGCUGGUUUCCUGGACAUAUCCUUCUCCCGUCAAGAAAUUGAUCCAGGUCACCACCCAAUCUUCCCAGUGAGCUCCCACACACCAUAGCAGCAGGCUUCCCAAUCGUCUGUCACCCAAACCAGGAAAAGCUCAAAAAUCACCUGUACAGUGCCUGUGUUUGUUUUCAUUGCUGUAUUCAUCCUAUAUUGAGUGCUGAUUGUGUUUCGAGUUAUUCUUAUUGGCACACAUGGCAUGUGAAAGUUUCAUAUGUAGUUAGUCCUUUUGCUUCUUUGGUGAAUACUGUCAAAUUCAUUCAACACUAGAUGGCAGUGUUGUCCGAAUUACUGUAUUCAAGAAUUUAGUGCUCUCCUUUUUCAGUGUAUU